ACGUAGCACUUUCAACGUGUUCUCUAGCACCAUGUCUGUCUGCAAGCCACCAUUUCUCACCCUGGUGAUAAUUGUCUAAACCUCUGAAAAUAGGAUGGAGUCACCAAAUACUGGCUACCUGCCCGAUGGAUCCAGACGUGCUCCAUUACGGACGGUUCCCUACCCACCACGACGUUGUAAGACUAAUCAACGAGACAAUGAUGACAUUCCAGUAACUGCCAUGGCCCACCUAUCACUUGGAGGACGUCGGAGACAUCGACUAUUGGCUCUUACUCCUUUGCCUACCUGGGAGCAAAUUAAGAAGCUUAGUGGGGAAGGUCAAAAGAUAUUACAGAGAACAGGCAAAACUCUGACUGCUGAGAAUUUGUUCUUGGCAAUGUGUGCUUUACUUACUGUUACUUCAUCUGCUGAAAGGGCUAAUGUAAGCUAUUGGGCUUAUAUUCCUAACCCACCUUUAAUGGAACCUGUAAUGUGGGGUAGUAUGGAUAUAACCUUAUAUACUACUCCUUCUGCAUUAUCUCCUCCUUGGAAUAAUUUGACUUAUCUGAAUAAGGAUGAUGGCAGUAAUUUUAAUUUUACUUAUUUUGGGUUUCUAAAACCCAUAUGUAUGGGGGUAUUUCCUUGUCUUCAACUGGAUUGGCAACAUUGGCUUUUGCCAGGAAACAUGAGCAAUGGAUCCCGUAUGAGUUUGCAAUGGUUAUCUGCAUGGUCUAUUAAUAUGACCUGGACCAGCAUCACUUUUGAAGAUCCUUUGCUACUUCCUGAGUUUCCUGGUUUUACCUAUAUUGGUUUGAAAUAUCAACCUUUUGUUUGGCAAGAAUGCCGAGGAAAAUUUGGAAAAUUAUAUCAGGACAUGAUUAUGUGGGGACCAUAUGGUCAAUUUUUACAAAAUUGUUCUGAAUGGAAUGAUAUUCAAUGUGAUGUCUCUUUUACAAUUAGGAUCCCAAUGAAAGAACAGUGGAAUGAGAUCAUCUCUGGGAAUCGACUCAUGGAAUGGGGAGAUUGUGGAAUUGCUGAUCCACCUAUAGCUUCUCUAUAAUUUCUGGCUCAAGUUCAGACACAUUUAUGGAAAGCUGCUGCUGCUUUGAAACCUGUUUAUCUGAUGAAUGGCACAUUUUCUGGAACCGCUAAUUCUGCUUCUUCCUAUUAUUUUACAUUGUUUAAAGAAUAUAAUAUAACUACUUGUUUGCCCUUGCCCUAUGUGUUUUUGAUUGGAAAUUUUACAUUUGAUCAAGGAAUUCAAUGUAUACAAUGUCAGUUGUAUUCUUGUUUGAAUUCAUCUGUUAAGUUUAAAGAUGGUUUUUCAUUAAUGAUUUUGCAACAACGUACUCAUGUUUGGUUACCAGUGAAUUUGGAAAGAACCUGGUCGCAUAAUCCUGUAGAUACCUUGGUUUUAGAGUUUUUUGAAAAACUUCUUAAAAGAACGAAAAGGAUGGUUGGCAUUGUUGUAGCUGUAAUUCUUAGUUUAAUAGCUGUCACCACAGUUGCUACUGUGUCUGGAAUAGCUUUGCACACUUCUCUACAAACUAAUCAUUUUGUUGAACAAUGGCACAAAGAUUCUCAUGAUCUAUGGCUAUCUCAAGUCCAGAAUGAUUCUAGAUUACAAGCUCAGAUAUCUUAAAACAAACUGUAAGUUGGCUUGGCAAAAAGAUGUUGACUUUGGAAAGACAAAUUUGGCUGAAAUGUGAUUGGAAUUCAACCACCUUUUGUGUUACAAAUUUAAAAUAUAAUGAAUCCUUACAUGAUUGGUCUUUAAUUCAACAAUACUUAGAUGGUAAUACCUCUGCUUCUGAUAUGAUUAAUAAUUUGCAAUUUAAUAUCCAUGAAAUAUUUGGACAACAGUUUGAGAAUGAAGAUGCCUCCACAAUAGCUGAACUGUUUUUAAAACAACUUGAAGGUCUUGAUCCUAAAGGAAUUAUUCAAAGUUUAUCCCAUACUGCAGGAGGAGUUGGGAUUGUUUUAAUAAUUAUCCUUGUGGCUCUUUGCCUGGGAUAUUUAUGUUAUAUCCGACCCAUUCAACAGUCUAUGUUAACUCUAUGGAAAGCAAUUAUUUUGAAAAAUCAAAAGAAAAAAGAAGGAAAGUGUGGAGAUAUGCCUAUGUAAGCAGUUAAUGUUCCUUCUGAUUCUCAAGGCUAUUUGAUGACUGUGACUUGGACAAAGGCCAGCUCUGGCAGGCUAGAGCUAGGAGGAGAAAAUGUUCUCUUCCUCUUAUCUCAAGUCACAAGUUACAGAUGCCUGGGAACACGGAAGAGGCUUUCUGCUGUAAGGCAUGUUAUUUUUCAAUGAGGUAGCAUCUGGCCAGGACGUCAUGCCCUGAGACACUCUGAAUAGCUAGAACAUAGGGGAGUGUUGUGUUAUGCCAAGCAUUGUCUAAGUAAGUUGCUUGGGAUACAACAGAUGAGAAAACGGUUGUUGAGAUUCUUUAUGUGCACAUUGUAUAUAAGUCUGAUGCUAAUAAAGUACAGCAUGCAGUUGCAUUUG